UUUGGAAUUGUGGGAUAGCCAACAUAUUUUCAAAACACAAUGGCGCGUGACUUAAAUCCAGUCGGAGUCACACGGCAUUGUAGUAAGGCAGCAAUGAAAGAUAGUCACACAUAACCUUAGGGAGCAAGGAUGAAAUUGGAAUUAGAAGUUUUGGCAUCCACUGCCAUCAAAAGAAAGAAACCAUGGCCAAGGUUUGCCUGGCUGGGGGAGAGCAGUGCUAGUUUGUUUCUGCUUGAUACACACAGAGCCAGUGUGCUGUUUCUACCAUCAGGGAAAACCAAGAAGAAAGUUCCAAAAUUACAUCAACUGCUAGAGGAUACAAGUGCUCUCAACCAUUCAGAUAAUGGCCAUUUUCUGGUUGGUUUGCUAAAAUCUGGAGAUGUGUUCUUGUGGCACAAAGACAAGGCUUUGCUGAAGAUUGUCCAUGGUGUCCCAGAUCUAGUCAACCAAGGGAAUGGGGAAACCUCCAUAAAACCAUCCAUCUUUAUUUCCAAUGAUGCCAGAAGAAUACUGGUUGUAAUUGGCAGGAGAACCCUGUUUUUAUGGGAGUUGAACCAUAAGCAGAAUGUGUUUGCUCCCAGACAGGCAGAUGUCCAGGGCACAUGGUCUUGUAUACAACACAGUUACACUGUAGAAUUACCCAUGGUCCAAUGCAAGGAGACCAGUAUCAGUGCAGUGUUUUAUCAGCAUCAGGUUAUUGGUGACUGCCUACAGUGUUCAUUUGCCUUUUCUGGCCAUGGCAUGCUGAUCAUCACCACAGUGCUAUUUAGAUGGUUUGAACAGGCGAACAUUUACACUUUGGGGCAGCCUACUUACUCUGUGCAAUGGACCAUGCUUCAGGUCCCAUGGUCAGAUCUUGGUCCAAGGUGCAAAGCAAUCAGGUCCAAAGGUGCUGUUCUUGCAUGUCAGUCACAUGGCGGUCAUGUGCUUGCUGUGGCUGUCAAUCAAAAGAGGUCACAUGACACAAAGAUAUUGUUUGUAUCUCCAUUGACAGACACUGUUAUAGCAACAGAUAUGGAGGGAUGUGGAGCUAGAGCUCACAGGGAAGGAAGGUCUUACUGGAUUUCUGACCUGAAGUGGACAUCAGAUGACCUGUUUGUGGUCUGUAUGACCAAGCAAGGAUUCCUGUGUGUAUUGAGUCGGCUGGGAGAGCCUGUCCACCUGCAGACCAGUGGCUGCUCUGUGGAAAUGGGACCUGCACAGUUUCUGCCACUGCAUCCUUUGAUUUCUAUCAGCCCAACGCGCCAGCAGGAAAAUGUUAACCCUUCAGAAUCACAAGAUUCUGUGCAUUCUGACAAAGACCUCAUGAGGCAGAGGUUUUCUGUGGCCAUCCAUCCAAAAUUUCCUGUGUUUCUUUGCUCUGAUGGCUACCUUGUGACAGUCCUGCAGCUGGCAGACAAUGUUCAGAGUGACAGUGUAGAACUUCCAGAACAGUCCUAUGUCCGUAUGGUGAAGGGUUUCUUGAAGGAGUCCAACCAGCAGUUGAGGAAAAUCAAGGAACAACAGAAUAUGCAAUUAACACUAGGGGGGACUAUGAAUCUAACUUUAAAGGAUACCGUCAGGUCAAAGUCUAAGAAAUGGAAGCAACUAGGUCUUGCCAUAAAGGCCACCAGCACUCCAGCAGCUAUCAGAAACAAAAAUAAGUUCAAACUAGAAGAGCUUGAAGGUACACUCAACACAACAUUGGGGAGUGAAGCCAGCUUGGAUGGUAACACAGGAAAACUUACUCCAUUUGGUCCAGCACUGAACAUGGAAUCUGGAAAGGUUAUAUUUGCUGAACAGGAUGCUUUUAAUGCAACAUCAGAGAGCAUGGCCAUGUUGACCCUUGACCCAGUUGCCAUGACACAGCAAGCUGUAGAUGAAGCACAGGUGGCACUGCUGUCUGCAUGGAAUUUGAUUGUGUCAUGUAACCUCACCUGGACUGUAGAACUAGAGCGUACUGCUUUCAGCACACUGCUGAAUAUAGUCAAACUGAUCUCAGCUAUCUUGAAAAGUCCACCAGAGGCUAGUCUCAGUGCCAAGUCAAGACCUGGGGCUCAGGCAUCAGAUGGGAAACUAAACCCCAGACUACUCAGAGUUCUGCAGAUUGUUAGAAAAGUUCUGGCAGUGCUUAGCUUUGAUACAUUGAGUCAGAACCUGAUACCAUGCUCUUUACGUUUUGUCCAAAGAGCUGUCCACUGUGUCUUGCAUUCCACUGAAAGUUUAGACAGUGGUGCUAAUAAGGGAGAUCUCAUAAGGUGUGCUUUGGCCAUUGUGAUGACCGCUCGGACUGUGCUGGACAAAGUUUACACAUGGCUGCCAUGUCGACAUGAAAGAUCAAAUGGAACAAAUUUCUUCCAGCAGGCUUGUUGCACCCAUGUUGUUGAACCUGCUGUGAUGGUUGGUAGGAGAAGGAGGGGAUACAGGUUAGAAGGGUUCAGUGAGGUGGAAAUAGUGGAGGGUGAAGCAUUGGGAAAUCCACCAGCAAAGGAAGAGGAUGGAGGUGACAAAAUGGUGGUUCAACCUUUAGCUGAGGAAGAUGGUGGGAGAUCUCAAACUAGAGAAAAAAAGAAAGGGAAAGAAGCCCCUUUGCCAACAUCAGAAGAAGAUGGAGAGAGAAACAUGCCUGUUGUUGUCUUUCAGCCAUUGAAGCAGACCACAAAUGGACCCUCUAGGAGAUUGAGUCCUACUUUGAAGAAACUACUCAAGCAUAUUGCUAAGCAUUUGUCUUCCCUGAUCUCAUCGAAUGCCAAGGGAUCAGAGAUACGCAAAGCCAAGCAACUUGUGUGCACUGCCCAGAGGCUGUUGCAAGCAUGGAACGGGUCAUGUGAAACGCAUAAACACAGAAGAAAAGUCCAAGAGGGGGACAAGCUGAGUAUUGUGGGUGCUCAUGAGCAGGCUCUGGAAAAGUGGGAAGUGCAGCUUGCUGGCCUGGAGGAUACCAAUAACAUCCCAGGUCCCCAUCGCACCAGACUGCAGUUAGCCAUUCUGUUUACCACUGUUCUGAAAGGAGAUCUGUCAUCAGCCCUGGAGCAGGCUGAGGGUUGUGUCAGGUAUGCCAGGGGACUGGAAGAAUUUGGUGCCAUUCAAAGCUCUACUUUGCCAGAUCACAUUUCUCAGGACCCAGCUGCUGGUGAGGAGAUACCGUUUAUUGGUACCGGUGGAUGCCGCAGUGUGGUGCUGUCUCUUGCCAGGUUCAUGGCAGCUUACUUCACCAAUGGUGCCCCCUAUGUGUUCCCUCCCCACUCUCCACAGCCACUGCCAUACCUCCACUUACAGGAAUCUCAGGAAUUUUACAGAAAUGGCCACUGCAGGCAGCUGACCAUAGAAAAACGACAGAUUACAGAUCUGAUAAAACUGCAGUCCCUGAGCUCUGUGUUCACGCCAGAGUGGGCCAUGGAGUACCUGUUACUGUGUGGCUCACUGGCAGAGGCUGUGUGGUUUGCCAGUAAGAUGGGGGACUGGAAGACAGCUUUUGUACUCUCUGUGGCCUGCAGCAUUUUCAGGAAGAUAAAGCCAGAUGUUAAUGUGAGAGCUGGUCUGAUCCUGGGUCUCCCUGUUGACCUGAAACCCAUGUCUAUCAUGAAAGCAAUGUUCAGGAAGCUGCUUAGACCAGUCAGGGAGGCUUGUGACAAGAGAGGUGAAAAUUCUGAGGAGCCUGCUUCCCUGCAGAAAACUCCAUCUGUGGCCUCCUUACAGAUAGAUGACGAGACCAACCUGGACCAGCUGACCCGGACCAUGAAUGAUCUCCUGAUGGCCGGAGCUCUGGCCAAAGUGGACAUCACACCCUGGCUACUGGGCUGUCUGCUGGACAGGCUCAAGGUGGCCGUAGCCAGUUUCCCCACCUUGGUUCCCCAGGGUGUGUAUCUGCCUGCCCCACCUCUGUACUGUCCACAGCCAGCAGUAACCUCUGAGGAGGAAUGGUCUGAAGAAGUCCGAGAGGAGAUGAUCAGGAGAAAAGAGACGUCCAGUUUAAUCCAGCUGAUCACAGUUGUGAUGAGGGCCUCCCACACUGCCCUACCUGCUGCUGUGUGGUAUGUGAAGGAGCUGGCACCUAUACAGGAUAUCUUAAUCAAGGGUGAAAGGAAGGACACCCUGGUCACACUGCCAGACACCCUGACCACCUUCCAGAGCCUUGUCUCAGUUAUUGAUGGCCACACUGACCAUUGGUCAACACUCCACACCCUAGCUUGUUUUAGGGACUUCUGUGGCUUGGUCUGGUUACUACACGUCAGAGAAAAACUCUCUGUAGCUCUUAGGAAGGAUUAUGAUGUGCUUUGUAGCAAGGAAUACUUGCAGACUGGACGCCUGAUGGAGGAGACAGACUGGUUAAACCAGUGCACUGUCAGUCUGAACUGGGCUCUGCACAUGCUUCCAUUCAGUCACUUCUUGCAGAAUGAGAGUGACAUCUAUGAUAUUGUUCUCUCUGUGCUAAAGGAGCUUCAACCAACACAGGAUGUGGCAGACAUUUUGGCAGAACAUUUUCGCCACCUGGAUGAUUUUGAUCCAGAGCUGCAGGAUAAAGUGGAAAGAACAUUAAAAGAAUGGCAGGGGAUUUUCUUAGACAGUACUCCCUCUAUCAUUAAGGAAAGGAGUAAUUUGUUAGGGAAGUCUCCCAAAGGAAAAACAUUAUCAACUUACUACCAUAAGCAAGUCAACCAUUAUGAGAGGGUGCUUGAAAGGAAAAAGAAACUCCUGGGUGCUUAUGAUGAAUUUGUCAGUUUUGUUGAAGAUGAGAAUGCAAUGGGCAAGGAUGCCACUGUGAUUGGCUCAAGACCUCAUGAGAGAGAGGAAGCUUUUAUAGAUUUCCUGGAUACAUUCUACGCAAUAACCUUCUCUAAGUUAUUAGACAGCGAUGAAGUGCACCAGCGUCCUCUUUUGUCACCAUUUGCUUCCGAGCUAAGGAAGCAGGAAUUAGGGUCACUGGCUCACAAGGCAGUUUUGAGCCUGCAGUUAAAACAUCAGUUUACUUCAACUGCCAGUGACAGCAAGCCACCAGAGUCUCCCUCUCCAUCUACUGGUCCACCUCCUGCUUAUACUAUUGAUAAGGAUGACCAGUCAAUGCCAACACCUUCCUCGAGCAAAAGACCUUCAGGAGGUCUGUUUAGGAGCCAAAGUCAUACUAAUAUCAGUGGACACUCUCAAGAGGGAAACAAAGUCACAAUUGUUACUCCAAUUACUAAGAAACGAUUUGACAGCUCUGGCCAAGAGAAUGGCACAGAUUCAUCAAAUACUGUUGUGAAGAAUAAACAGAAGGUCAGUUUUAAAGGUUUGAGUAAAGCAGUUGCUGGUCUGCACCCAAGAAAGAGUCGGAGUCUUACUGACCUCACUGGCAAAAGUUCAGGCAGACAAACACCAGUGACACCUAUAAUCCAACAAGGAAGGAGCUUGUCUGAUUUGAGACCAAGCUCGAGAUCUGGGUCAGUGACUCCCUCGUCAGCAAGGGCACAAGCCAGUCCAAGAUUUAAGUGGUUUCUUCACACAAGGCUGAACUACAGUGAGACAUAUACCAAAGUUUCACAACUGCUGGAAUGGCUGACCAGGUGGGCUGGAAAACACCAUUCCUUUUCUAUCAUGGGAGAUGUCAUGUCUGAGUCCAAAAUUACAGUCAGGGUCAAAGUACAUCCACAGAUGAUUCUGCACUCUUUGUGGCUAUUGGAAAACAAGUAUUACCCAGAAGCACCAGGACAAAGAGAUGACAGUGUUGUUUCCAAACAGAUUCAAGUCAGACAAGGAGAAAGACCAAGGAAAGGAGGAAAGCAAGGCAAGAUAUCAGAAAUGAAAUGGAAUAAGAAUGGACAAGAUUUUACCGUUUCAUCUACAAGGAUUCAAAAACCAGAAAAACCAUUCAUCUCUGCAAAAGAUCAACCAGGCAAGACAUCACCUAAUGUGAAAGCAAUGACAAAUGAGCAGAAAUGGAAAGCACAAGAUGCUACAAGUUUAAUGAAUGCUCAUUUGCAAAGAUCUAAACCCAGAGUCAGUUGGGUAACGGGAUAUGAUUCAGUUGGUAAUGCGCCACAGUUAGCCAAAAAUUACAUGACCAACACUUACCCACCAAUAGGGGGAGCUGUGUCUCCUUUCAAGACGGAUCUGUCAGGGAAUCAGCAGAGUUUGUUGCCUGCUACUAAGAAACCCACCCCACCAUUAACUAAGCAGGAUGAAGUUGUUUCUUUUGAUCCUGAGAGUGAGUCUACUACAACAGGUCCAGUACCUGCCAAGAAGCUCAGCUUUCAAAAUAUGACAGAGUCAUUCUCAAGGGAGCGAACUGGAGGGACACCAGAAGAUGGGGCACCCGAGGAUGACAGCAGCACCUUAGAUGUCAGCUCCUUAGCUGAGGAUGAAGUAGAUGUUGUUGGCAGCACCAUGAAAUCUGAAAAAUCACAGACUUUGGCUGUUGAAGAUCUUACAACAACAAGACCCUCACAAUCCAAUGUACCUCAACCCACAGAUCAGCCACUGAGAGGAGACAUUGAAAAUCAACAGCAAAUUGGAGCACUUGGGACCCAGCAACUUGUCGGGUUGACGAAUGCAUCUCAGCAGUUAAGUGGGAAUGUUGAUUUGGUCCAACAACUGCAAAAUGUGGUUCGUGGAGAAUUUAGGAGAAUCAUGGAGAUUCAACAGUCUAGUCUACUAGCCAUGAUGGGAGCUAUAGAUGUUGUCUCCUCACAGAGUGCAGUGACUUCUACAGGACAGACUGUGGCACCAUCUAUUGGCAUGGUUCCUCAGCACCAGAAGACAGCCACCAUGCAGCUGCCCCACCAGGUACCACAUUUGUCUGGAACUGAAAGUAGAUCCAGGGAAGCAGGAGCUGUUGAGACAGGAAAUAUGGUUGAGGUGAACACACAGACUACUCCACAACCUGCAGGCAGGAGAAGCCGUUCCAAGAGCAGUGAUUCAAACACAUAUGGCACAGGCUCUAAAACUGAGCAGUCUUCGCAGACAGUUACACCCACUCAGGUGGUUGGUGGUGAGUCAAGGUCAGGCUCAAAGUCCCUGAAGCAAAGGGAGAAAGAAAGCAGGGCAAUUUUUGGCGGAGCCUUAAGAGAGCUACAGAACCUGCAGGAGGAGACCAGGCACAGUCCUCAAGGUCGGCAUCAAGGUCAUGCUGUGUUUGGACUUGGUGGUGUUGGUAGAGGUGUGAUUAAAGAAGAUAGUCUGCUGUCUAAGUUCCCUCUGCUCAGACUGCCUGGAAUUGGAGAAAAGGAGAAUGCUGAGGCUACUGCCAUGUUUGCUGGCCAGCCUAGAAUUCCUAACAUGCUGCGUCUUGCUGCUGAAAAAGAGACAGAUGCUCAGUUGUUGAGGUUUCCCAAAUUUCCUGCACAGAAUCCAGAAGGGCCCCAGCAACCGAAAGGGUACACUACUCAUGCCCCUAUGCCUAUACUGAGACGUGAUGACACAUAUCAGGCCUCACAGCUUAUGAGGGGCUAUUUCAGACCACCAUCAUCUCUGCCUCAUGAUGUCAGACAGUAUGCUGAAGGCACGAGAGUACAAAGCAGGCCUCCCAAUGUGAGCAUGACUGCACCACAGGUCCAUAAUGGCAGCACACACCCACUAUCUCAGCGCCUAGGCAUCCAGCUGCUUCACCUGACUGAUGACCACCCCAUGGGUCCCCAUCGCUUUCUUGGAGCCAGAGACAGUGGCGCCAUCUAUCCUGGUGUACCUGCUGAGACUUUGAUAGAAUAUGAACAACAGAAAAGACAAAAAGAGCUGUUGAAACAGGAACACCUCAAGGCUUUCCAAAGGCAGGCAAUGACUCAGCAUGCUCAAAACCAGCAGAGGGAGCUUGGAUCAGUGUUGCUAAAAGUUGAUUUUGACCAUCUCACCAAUAGGGACCAACAAGAUCAACUGGAGAAGAAAGAAGAAAUUUUUGAAAUGGAGAGAAGAAAUGAUAUUAAGAGGAAAAAAAGAAGACAGAAGAAAAAAGAAAUUAAAGAUGCUAGUAGCACUGAGUCUGAACAGAUUUCUCUCCCGAGCAAUGUGAUACGUGUGACACCAAGGACCACAGAAGUUCCACCAACCAAAACUGUUGAUACUUCUUCAUCUCAGCAGCCAAUCAGAGUCACUGUGUCAUCCUCUGCUGUCCAGACAGAAGAAGCAGAUGAGGAGACAGUCCUGAACAUUCACAGUGGAUUUGCCAUUCCACCUGGAACUUUUGAUCAUUACUUAGAUCAUCCUUCUGCAGACAGUCAGCCCACAAAUGCUUCACUUCACUAUAAAGCAACUCAGGGAGUUAAACCAAGAAAGAAGGUAGAGUUUGCCACCAUGACCACAGACCUGGCAGACAGUGGCACCAUGACAGAACAAUGGGAGGAAGAACCAAGAUAUACUGCAGAGGCUGCCACCAGUAUCACCAGAGAUACAGGUACAGACCCAGUGAAGGAGGCAGUAGAUGACUACUUCAGGGCCACUAGACCUUCCAUGUUGCCACCUGACAUCUUCCUUGGUCUGAGGUUUGGUGAUAUAGAUGGAGACAGUGCUGAGCACAGUGCACCUUCCACUGGGGGAAAAGGGCAGGGUCGCUCUUACAUAAAUGUCAUAGACAUGGAUGGGGCAAGUAUUGAUGACCUCAUAGCCUCAGUGCAGGAGAAAGGAAGUGUUGAUGAACCUAGGAGACCCAUAGAUCAAAUACCAGAAAGGGAUACGACAGUGACAUCACCCCCAAAACCGUCCAUCAGGUCAUCUCUACUUCACAGUCCCGGGAGACGGACAGAGGAACUAUCUCCAGGGCCUGAUCCACUCACGUCAAGGAUGCUGGCUCCAACACAAAUGGAUAGAAAUGAAGAAGAGGUGAUGGUACCUCUGGCUGUGGAGUUAUCCAAGCAGAGCAGGCAGCAGUCCAAGGCAGGUAUAGCUAGAAGACUACAGGAGAUGAACCAGCAACUGAAGGCCAUUGAUGUCAUGUCACAGAACAUGGAGACUGACUUCAAGAACACAAGACUGCUGCUGCACACUGUAGAAAGCCUUGGAGAGGCACUAACACCAGAAACACGCCAGUCAGAAUAUCCCCCAGCCAGAGUAGCUCAACAACCCCAGCAGGUGCCUGGUGACUCCUUGGAGCCACCUGUCCCUCUGAGACCAUCUGAUGUGAAAAGGAUGAGGUCUGAUGACCAGAUGUCCACUGUCCAGGCUGACGAGGAAAGAGCAGUUGAAGAUGGCUUGACCAAUGAGGAUAGGAUACAUGCUAUAAGAGAAAGACUGGGCAAGAGAGAUCAACAUCAGAGGUCCAUAGCAGAGGAGGAAGAAAAAGCUGACAGUACGAAAGAUUUAACUGGUGUCAGUGGAGUGAGUGAUAUCAUUGGGGAGCUGCUUAACGAAGGCGAGAUUGGUGCAGAGGAGCUGGGGCUGUCCCAAACUGAGGCCAAACGAAUGGCUGACAAAGCAAAGAAAUCUGACAGGCUAACCAUAGGGGAUGACUUCCCUCCAACAGAUCUAAGUCUAGAACAGAUGGAGGACAUAUUCAACAAGCCGUCCCCCAGGGAUAAGGGAAGAAUGAGCCCUGAGAAAAGGAAACAGCUACAUGAGUGGUCUGCUAAGAAACGCCAUGAGAGGUUGGAGCAGUACAAGAAGGAGAAAGAGGAAUUGAGAGAAAGGGAGAGGACACCUUACAAGCCUCCUGAAGGUGUCCCUGUCAUGGCCACAUCUACUUUCAAAGAGAUCAAAACUGUUGAGAAAAAGCGAGAAGAAGAAAAGAAACAGCGACUGCAAGAAUUUACUGAGAAGCGUGAAAAACUGGCCCAUCAGCUAAUGAGUGACAUUGUUGCUGAUAAACUUGACCUCCCAAAAGAAGAACAUGAAAUCACAGAGAGAACUGAGAAACGACAAAGAAGACCUACAUCAAAAGCAGCAGGAACACCCACAAAAAAGAAGAAACCUGCUACAGCACCCCCUGGUAGUAGACAAGGAUACUCUAUACCCAACCGACAGAGGGCAGUGCAGGGUCAAGACCAAGACAGAUUGGUUAUCACUUCUGAAGAUUAUCUUACACUAGAGGAUAACUAUGAUGACAUGAUUUAUCAUAAAUAUCCCCAAGGGAGUCCAGAAACAUUUAAUGCCUGGGCAAGACCAAGGACAUAUGAAGGCACCGGGCAAUUGUCAGACAUUAGGGAGGCGGAGGAAGUUGUCCAUAAGCCUGAGGCCAGUGGCCACAGGCCUGUGAUAAAAUCUUACACUGAUUUAGUUAAAGUUCAGAGACCUGAAGUAACAAGAAGAAAACCAUCCCCAGUCCCCCAUGAUAAAUCUCAGGACUACUUAGGUGCCACUCAGACCAUUAGUAAACCUAAAAGUUCUUCCCUCAAAUCUCUACAAAGAUUAUUUGGGACAAAACGUAUCCCGGGUCUACAGAAGACACAAGUAAGAGAGUCACCAAGAGUUGUGAAGACGUACACGGAGAGACUUCAGGAGAUGAAAAAACCUGCUACUAUCACACCAGGAAGAGGAUCUGACACUCCUCAGAGUAGGAGACUUAGAGCAACAACACCACUUCACACCACUCCGUCCAGGCAGCAUGGUAUCCGUCCAGAGAGGGGUCCUCGCAGAAAUACCCUCACAUAUGCUCAACAACUACAGCAACUUUCUCCUCCCAAGAAACACACUGGAAGAGGGUCCUCUGCAGGGAUUGUAACCCCAAGAACCACUCCAUCCCUGAGAUCUCACAGGCCUGCCCACAAACCUAAGACCUAUUCACAGCAGCUACAGGAACUGCAAGCCAAGGCACCACAUGGAACAUACAGGGCUGCCUAUUCGCCCACACCUAGCAUACAGUACCAGACCCCACCCUUACGCAGUCUAGUCCGGCCACGUCCCUAUGCUGACCCAUACCGUCCAGUAUCUGAGCCAGACAUAUCUGAAGCAGACUCUGUGGUCAGUCCCUGGAGUGUAGAUGAGGAUGUUAAAAGAAUUCUUUAUGAUGGUCAGGAAGGCAUCGCAGCAGGAGGUGCCAGUGUUUAUGCAGAGUCUGAUGACCUGGACUAUUUGACUGGAGCAGACUAUACCAAUGCUGUGGACAUAGCAGAUAUAGAGGGCGCCGCAACAAUGACAGACCUGGCUUCUGUCAGCAGUGGCAGCAUAAUGAGUGUUAUCGACUGGGACCAAGUGGAUCAGAUUAUUGCAGAUGUAAAAUGACUGUGAUUAUUGAAAAAUGACCCACACUAAGAGUCUGUGAAAAGCAUAAUGAAUGAACUCUGAACAUGGAUAUGAUAAAAAAAAACUUCAACUUGUGCUUUGUUUCUGUAUGGUUUAGGUUUUUAAUUUAGCAGAUGAUCUUGUCAGCUGGUGGGACACAAGCCAGCUGAAUGCCUCUUUCAUUUGUCAUUAUUUUAUAAGUUAUAUUACAGCAAUGCAUAGAUGCUCAUUCUGCUGUCUGUUAUCCAGACCACAAUAAAAGAAACUGUUGCAUAGUCAUCAAGUCAGUACCAUUGGCUUUCAAAAUAAAUUAGCCUUAAUGUGGAGGAAACAUCUGUGUGGUUAUUCUGUAUGAUUUUUUUCUAACGGAUGUAGUGUUAUCUGUAUCAAAAUUCGCAAAUACAUUUAUUUGGGUAUAAUGACUACUGUAUCACCAAUUUGGCAUAGUAAUUAAUUUUUACCCCAUUGUCAUUGAUUUCAAAACUAUUUUGGAGCUGCAGUAAAGCAAUGGAAUUUUUUCUUGAUAAGGCUGGCAGACGGCUGACACCCUCAUGGUUGAUAGUUGGAAACAAAUUUAACAGGAUAGCCAAAUCAAAAUGAAGCUCAGAGCAACACUGUGGAAAUAUCUUGAGAUCUUAUUCAUGGUCUUGGUUGUUGUAGUUGUAAAAUCACUUCAUUAUUUAUUGCAAAUGCUUCUAAUACUUUCUGAAGCUGUGCUAUGCCUACAGCUAGUACAGAUGGAACUACAUUUAAAGUCAUAUUCUUUCAUUACUUUAAUUUACUCUCUACCAAGGCCAGCUUGGUAAUUACAUCAUUUCUUGGUUUCUGUGCAAAAAUUCUGAAUGUACAGAGAUUUGCACAGAAUUAGUCACAGAAAUGUAUGAAUAUGCAGCAAUAGGAUUUUUAAUUAA